ACUUCCUGAGUGCCUAACCUCAUUAAACUAGUAAACAAUCUGGCCCAAAUCUGGAGUGGUAAACAUCCACUGAAACUGACAGUUUCUGCCUCAUCAGCACUCUGAAGACACCUAGGAUGGACAUCAACGGGAAAUUGAAGGAAUACGAGUGCUUCAUCGAGGACAAACUAAAACGUGACUUACGGGACAUUGAGCUGCUGCUCAAUAGCAAAGCCGCUCAAUGCGAGGAGUGGAAUGAGCUGAAAACCAUGGUGGGUGCCAUCAAGGACCACAGGACAAAAGACCGCGACAUGCAAUUGCAGUUUGAGUUGGGGAAUGGGGUGGCGGCAUUCGGGAGUAUCAGCGACUAUGAAACUACUUUCGUGGAUGUGGGGCUUGGCUAUCUUUUGGAAAUGCAACCAAAUGAAGCGGGAAAGUAUGCGGACAUCCGGUUGCGGCUGCUUCAAAAGGAAAUGCUGCAUCUGCGAGAACUGGCAGUGGGUGUGAAAGUACGCAUUAAAAUGGUGCUGCUCGCCAUCGGCGAGCUGCAGGCCUCAUUAAACAGGUGACUAUGAAAAA